GCUGCGCAUGCGCAGUGAAACCUGACAGGGCACAGGGGUAGUGUGUGACUCCAUGCCAAUGACAGGAUUAGCUCGACAGAGCCGGCGGAACUACGCAGCUUUUGCGCUGAAAACAAUGAUGUCGUAAUGGAUACAAAUGUGAUGACCACGCGAACCGACUCCAAAGAUUAUCAGAAUGGACACGAGUACAUGGAACCAACGAGCAGUGACGACGAGCCACUUCUCAGACAGAACAAAAAGCGAUUUGUCAUCUUUCCCAUUCAGUAUCCAGACAUAUGGAAGAUGUACAAACAAGCCCAGGCCUCGUUCUGGACAGUUGAAGAGGUGGAUUUAUCAAAGGAUCUGGCCCACUGGGAAAGACUGAAACCUGAGGAGAAACACUUUAUAUCCCACGUCUUGGCUUUUUUUGCAGCAAGUGAUGGAAUUGUCAACGAGAACUUGGUGCAGAGGUUCAGUCAGGAGGUGCAGGUUCCAGAGGCUCGCUCUUUCUAUAGCUUCCAGAUCCUCAUUGAGAAUGUGCACUCAGAGAUGUACAGCCUGCUGAUUAACACCUACAUCAGGGAUCUAAAGGAGAGAGACUAUUUAUUUAAUGCCAUUGACACCUUGCCUUGUGUGAAAAGAAAAGCUGAAUGGGCUCUGCAGUGGAUCUCUGACACAAACUCUACCUUUGGGGAGAGAUUAGUAGCAUUUGCAGCGGUAGAAGGAAUCUUUUUCUCAGGAUCAUUUGCUGCCAUCUUCUGGCUGAAGAAAAGAGGUUUGAUGCCUGGACUCACCUACUCCAAUGAACUCAUCAGCAGAGAUGAGGGUUUGCACUGUAAUUUUGCCUGCCUUAUGUACAGCCACUUGGUGAAAAAGCCAUCAGCCGACAGAGUAAAGGAUAUUAUCACUAAAGCGGUUAGCAUCGAACAGGAGUUUCUGACAGACGCCUUACCAGUUGACCUCAUUGGUAUUAACAGCUCUUUGAUGAACCAAUACAUCGAGUUUGUGGCUGACCGGUUGUUAACAGACUUAGGAAUACCUAAACUGUAUGAAGCUGAAAACCCAUUCGAUUUCAUGGAGUUCAUCUCAUUGGAGGGAAAAACCAACUUCUUCGAGAAGCGUGUUGCUGAGUACCAACGGUUCGGAGUGAUGUCAAAUACAGUGGAUUCUGAAUUCACUCUUGAUGCAGACUUUUAAAGCUUUAUACUGUUAGAAAGAGUAAAUCCUUUCUUCUAGAAAGAAUCUACCUGAGGAAAAUAAAAGUAUUUUACAGAGUCUUUUACACUUUUACAAGCAAACAUAAAUCUCUGGCUGUAUUCUUUACUUUCUGGACCCUAGACUGUUUUUACUGAAUUGCUUCUAACCUGAUGAAAAAUGUAUUAAUGAGUGAUGAUAAAUGCGAAAAGCUGCAGUCUUCAUAUUUGACAGUCUGAGUUUGUAGUGAAACAGUAAUUAUAUUUUUAUUUAGUUAUUUUAUAUUUAAGAAUACUGACAUUAGUAUCUUUUCCCCACAUUAUUUCGUUUUUUUUUUUUUACCAGCUCUAUAUUUUGUUAAAAACAAGUCUAAUGUGGAUGAUGUUUAUCAGUGUUACAUGAAAAAAAUGUAAUGUAAUGUACUGAUAUUAUGAGUGCAGAAACACCUGUUAAUGUUUACACCACACACACUGUCCUUAUUGGUUUUACAGUUUGUUGUUUCAGAGGACAACCAUGGUUUAUUUGGAAUAGUCUAUUUCAUUUAUGGUAUGUUUAUGGUAUGUUCAAGUGAAUUCAGCAAAAUGUUACAAAACAUUAAAUAGAGAUUUAUAGAAAA